AUGUCUUUGGACAAUGAAGAAGAAAAGCACAGCUUGUAUAAGCCAGAGAAUUUUGAAAAACAAGCUAAAGCUUCAGAGAAUGAAGUGGGAGCAGCUAAAGCAUUUUUAUCUGUGGUUGAUCAAAAGACUAAGAUUUCGCUGUAUGACCAUAUACUGUCAAUUUUAAGAGUAGUUCUCCGCAGUAAAUUAGAGAAUGCUGUUGAAGAAUUUGAAGAUAUUAGUUUAGAGUUGAAAAGAAAGAAAACAGAAACAGAGAGUGAAUUUAGAGAAGUGAUUCUACCUGAUGAGAGAGUGAAAAAGUUAAUUGAAAAUAAAAAGCAAUUUCUCAAGUUGGAGCAGCAGGAUAUUGUUGAAGUGAAAAGCAAUGACGACGACGAUGAUGAUGAAGAAAAUGAGGAUGACGACGAUGCUGAUCAAAAUGAAGAAAAAGGAGAAGAAAAGGACAACGAUGAAAGUGUGGAAGAAAACGAGGAAGAAGAUACUGAAAAUGAAGAAAAAUCACCUCCUCCAAUACCAGAGCCUAAACAAAAGAAAAAGAAGACUGUUCCUGCGGAAGAAGCUGGAACUGGAGUUAAUCAACAUUUGUACUUUGUCUGCAGUGAAAUUGGAAAACCUUGGAGGUGCUUGCCUCUGUUAAAACCGUUCCAUAUUGUGGAAGCACGGCAGCUAAAGCGAUAUCUCACUGGAAAUUUAGAAGAUGAAAUAAGAGGAUGUGUGAUUUUUGAUGGAAAAGAAGCGCACUACUUAAGAGCUCAAAUUGCUCGAAUUUCUUCAUGUACAUUUAUUUCGCCUGAAAGUUUUUACACUUUGCACUCUGAAGCUGAUGAAGACGAUGAAAAUGAGCAAGACGAUAAUGAAGAUAAUGUGAAAAAGAGCAAUGAAAUUUUAAAGAAUAAACAAUAUGAAACAAAAAAUGUUAAGGAACUGUUUUCCCGAGGUUUAGAAGGAUGGGUUCAUUCUAGACCAGCAAUACUGGAUCAGGGACGCUGCACUCCAAUGUCGCAUUCUGAAGAAGAGAAGGAGGAGGAGGAAAAUGCCGAUGAAGAGGAAAAGGAAAAAGAUGAUGCUGAAGAUGAGGAAGGAGAUGAUGAGAAAGAUGAUGAUGAAAUUGAAAUUUUCGAAGCUAUUAGAGAGACUUCAGUGCCUUUACUGAGAACAAUAGCUGAUGACAAAGCUAUUGGGCGACUGGAUCCUUGGAUUGUAAGUCUGAGCUCUAAGUUGCUAGUGGAGAAAGCAAUUAUCAUCUUGCGAUCAAAUCUGUGGCCUGGUGCUUAUACAUUUUAUGAUGGAAAGAUUUUCGAUCACAUUUAUAUUGGAUAUGGCUUUAAAUAUUCUGCAUUCCAUUAUGCACCUCCAAUUUACGUACCAUGGCAGAAAGAGUACAAAGUAGACACCGAAGUUAUUGAGCAUGUAGAUGAACCAUUUGCUUUGCAGACAGAAGAGACAAAUGUUCAAAAAAAUUCUGAUGAAGAAACUGAGGAUAACAAAGAAGAAGAAGAAUAA